GGACAUGGCCCCGCGCGGCCGCCCCGCCGCCGCCGCCAUGCCCCGCAGGGGCGCCCGCAAACGCCUCAAGUUUCGCGCCGACGACGUGUGCUCCGAGCGGGUGACGGUGGCAGAUUAUGCCAACUCAGACCCAGCUGUCGUGAAGUCUGGGCGGGUGAAGAAGGCUGUGGCCAACGCAGUGCAGCAGGAAGUAAAAUCCCUGUGUGGUUUGGAAGCUUCCUGUGUCCCUACUGAGGAAGUUCUCUCCGUGUCAGGAGAGUCCUGUGACAGCAGUGAUGAGAUGGAUACCAAGGAGAGCAUCAACGGGAGGGCUGCGAGGAAAAAGAAGAGCAAAAGGCACAAAGAAGAUGCCGAAGGGGGAGGAGGAGAGGAAUAUCCCAUCGACAUCUGGCUGCUCCUGGCUUCCUACAUCCGCCCUGAGGACAUCGUCCGGUUCUCUCUGAUCUGCAAGAAAGCCUGGACUGUCACUUGCACUGCUGCCUUUUGGACCAGGCUCUACAGAAGACACUACAGCCUGGACGCGUACCUGCCCCUGCGCCUGCGGCCCGAGUCCAUGGAGAAGCUGCACUGCCUGCGCGCCUGCGUCAUCCGCUCCCUGUUCCACAUGUAUGAGCCCUUCGCCGCCCGCCUCUCCAGGAACCCCGCCAUCCCAGACAGUACUCCCAGCACUUUAAAGAAUUCCAGAUGUCUGCUUUUCUGGUGCAAAAAGAUUGUAGGGAACAGACAAGAAGCAAUGUGGGAAUUCAACUUCAAGUUCAAAAAGCAGUCUCCCAGAUUGAAGAGCAAGUGUUGCAAAGGUCUCCAGCCCCCAAUCCAGUAUGAGGAAGUGCACACAAACCCAGAUCAGGAUUGCUGCCUGCUGCAGAUCACCACCUUCAACUUCAUCUUCGUGCCAAUCGUCAUGGGCAUGACCUUCACCUUGUUCUCCAUCUCGGUGAGCACGGACAUGCGGCACCACCGCGUGCGCCUGGUGUUCCAGGAUGCGCCCGUGCACAACGGGAAGAAGCCGCGCAUGGAGCAGGGGGUGCAGGUGGUGCUGGACCCUGUGCACAGUGUCAGGCUCCUGGACUGGUGGCACCCACAGUACCCCUUCUCCCCAAAGGCUUAG